GCAUUUUCAUUAGAAACCUAUUAUCCACCUGUAUUUAGAUUAGUUUACGACGUCAUUAUCUAAAAUAUUGUAAAUUAGCACUAAUUACAAUUAUUUAGUAUAUAAUCUGCCUGGUUGUUACUUUUUGCAUCAGUUGGCUGCGAUCUUCACAAGCUUCGAUACAAAUAAUUUUCAAAAUGGAAUUUUUCAAACUUGUUCAAAUUUUAGCUUUCUUAACGUGUUUCAAAUCAUCGUUGGCUGCAUAUUCAGUCUCUUUCAGAAGGCCAUGUCACGAUACCUCACCAGCAUGUUUGAAGAAAACUGUCCAAGCUGGAAUACCGAUUAUUGCUUUGGGAUUGCCGGAACUAGGCAUCGAACGAUUAGAUCCCUACAUCUUAAAGAAACUGAAUUUAAAAUUACCUGGAGGGCUAACAAUACAGUUUAUCCAUGGCUUUGCGAAGGGAUUAAAAUCUUGCAUUGUUGAUUACGCAAGAUUCGAAGAGGAUACAUUUGAAACACAGCUGCAUUGUAAUUUGACAAUUAAAGGCAAAUACCGAUCAUCUGGACGUCUUCUGUUGUUUCCUAUUGAUGGCGACGGCGAUACUACUAUUUCCUGCAAAAACCUCAAACUCCACAGCGUGAUUAAGCUAGGAUCGAAAGUAAAGUCAGACGGUCUAAGGUAUUUCGACAUCAAGAGCUCCAGCAUCGACCAUAGUUACGAUGGCCAAGUCAGUUAUAUCAUGACAAAUCUCUUCAGAGGCAGUCCCGAAAUAAGUCAGGCCCUUCUUAACUUCAUGAAUAGCAAUUGGAAGCUGGUAGCCGAAGAAUUUGGUACUCCUAUCGUGGAUUAUGGUACCAACGCAGUCAUGAGAAACGUCAGAAGGCUAUUAGAAAUCGUACCGAUUGAGGAGUUUAAUAAGUUAUAGUACCUCCGGGGAAAUUGAAAAUCAAUAACGAAAUAUAGAAAUAGGUUAAUGGUAUUAAACAAAUCGUCGGGCCUAGAAGUCAAUAUUAAACUACCGUUAACCUUGUUUCUAUGCAUGUACGGUAAUAAAAAAUUGUAAAUAGUUUUUACCCAACUACUUUCGGGGAGGGUUAUUAUGGCUUUGUAACAUAAAAGUAAUAAAGAUACAAAAAAAUAUA